GAUUUAUUUAGUUGGCAUCAAAUGGAAAUGACUUUAUGAAGAGCAAAUGAACUAAACUAUUAGUUAUUUGUAGUUAUAUGACAUCAUCUUAGUUAAUUGUGGUAAUUUGGUUGAAUAAAGUAAGUUAAAGACAGAUUUUACCCUUACUUUGGUGAUUUGUCAAUUAACCAGGCUGGGGCAUUAAUAGGAUUUCCACAACAUCUUCUCUUCUUAUAUUAAUUAAGAGAGAUUAUUGGAAUUUCGCUUCUUAUUAUAAUUUUUGUUUUUUUUCUUAUCUAACAAUCAGUUCAAACAGUGUGUUGAAAAACAAUGGCAAGUGCACCUGCUCAAAUCCCUACAAGCUUUGGACAUGAAUUGAGGGCUUGUCUUCGUUGCCGCCUUGUCAAAACCUACGAUCAGUUUAGGGAGUCAGGAUGUGAGAACUGCCCAUUUUUACAGAUGGAAGAAGAUCAAGAGCGUGCUGUUGAAUGCACCACCCCCAAUUUUAAUGGGAUCAUUUCUGUAAUGGAUCCAACUCGAAGCUGGGCCGCCCGUUGGUUGCGCAUUGGAAAAUUUGUUCCUGGUGUUUACACUCUUGCUGUCUCAGAGGCUCUUCCAGACGAUAUGCAGGCUAUUUGUGAGGAUAAGCAUGUGCCAUAUACACUUCCCAAACGUUCGUGAAACAAGUAAAUAUAGGCCUUGUGACAUCUCUAACAUGGUUGGAAUCGAGUACGUAUUGAUGUGGACUUUAGUGCUAGUUAUGUUUGAAUGCAUUAUUGAAAUGCGUUGUUAAAAUUAUCUAAACAGAAGUUAGUUAGUGUGUACGUGAGAAGAGCUCAUGAAACUAAAUGUAAUAUAGGCUUCCUUUUGACUGAUAUGUUGUUGGCCAAAGUAAUUUAUCAAACUACUAUCAUGCAAGCGAAUUACCAAUUUGCGUUCUUUUGGUCAUGCUGGAAAUUUUCACUUUGGUUUA